AUGACAGUUUCGAGUGGAGAAUUGUACAGUUUCAUAGGCGUCCUUGAAAAUUUGAUAUUUGAUAGUCGUGAAUUGUCGAAAAAAUUAGACGAGUCGACGCGCCGGGACGUGGACGAUGACGGCUUCUCUUUGGUAACCGUGACCAGCAUUUCCCUUCAAGAAAGCACCGGCAGUACCUUCGCGGAAUCCGUCUACUCGAAUUGGGAAGAGAAAUUCGCGUGUCGCGCAUUACAGAGGCGAGGUCGCACCUUCAACUACCGAAGAAGGAAGCUGUACGUCGGCGAUGGGAUCUUUAGCGCACCGGCUGGCAUCUGUCCGCGUAGUAUCACCUCAUCGAUCAUUCGUCGUAAUACAGGGGAUUCUAGACUUGUAUUUAUCUGGCCGCAAACCAGUAAGAGCCGACUGUCGAAUAUUCUCGCACCUUUGUUGCGAAGUGCCCUGAUCGGCCUAUUGUUCGUAGAUGCUCUUCAUCUGUGGCCCGGAGAAUUUUUACCCACGUCGCUACCAUCAAAUAUGCUAAUCUCCUUACCGCCUGUCAAGUGCAACGUUAUCGAACCACGUUGGUUCGAUAAUAACUGAGUUGCUACCGAUUACGUCAUUCUUUAUUACAAACACUUAUAUAUUCCCUAAUCACGAUUUUGUCA